UCGUCCGGGGGUGGUAGAUCGUCCUGGCGCAGCCAGUGCCCGCGCGUCUUUCGCGAUCGUCGGACCGCGCGUACUAAAAACGGGGAGGUGUUCUCGAUCGCGUGUCUGUUCGACCCUCGAGGAUCGGAUGCAUUCACGAAGGUGCGCGUAGCUUUGUUUCGGGACCAGGGAAAUUAAUCUACCGAGUGUUACAAGAGUGUUUAUGGAGAGAGUUGGAGGGAGAUCGACGAAGGGGUUGAAGUGGUUGUAGCGGAGAAUUCUAGGCGUGUUCUAAUUAAUAAAUCUCGAGGCUGAAACUCAUAGAGGGAAAUUAGUCGGAAGGGUUAUUUUAUUUCAUGUAUUUUAAUGUAUUUUAUGAAAAGGUGACGUAUCAGAGGAUGAAUGGCGAACAUGAGGGCACAAUGAAGCUUGCUCGUCGAUUAGACGUCAGAGAUUAAACAUCAAGUGAAUAAUAUUUAGCUCCAAGUAUCUCGAAUAUUUGAAAGAUAUCGCGUAUCGGUUGCCCGCGUGUACCGCGAUUAUCGAAAUCUACCGCUUUCCAAUGGAAACUGCUAUAAUGUACGAGCGUUAAGGAAAGUCCUGCGAGAUCUGAGAAUUUUCGAGCCGAUCCGCCAACCCGCUAUGACAACCCGCAGGACAACGAGAAUUCGCUGCAGAUAAUACUCAGCUACGGUUAUCGGGAUGAACAUAUCCGAUGAUCACGUACGACGAGGACGAUAACGACCGGUGUAACUGGCCUAUCGUAUUGGAUCGACGUGGUUCGAUGGUACCAUCUCGCGUUAAUGAGAAAGAAUUGACUAGAUCGUCCUGAUAAAAUUACUUUGCCUCCCUCUUUCUCACCCUGUGGUUCGUUGCGAAUCAGAUUUCCGGCCUGACAUCCGAUCGCGGACCUUCGAUUCCGGCGUGAAGCAUGCUACGCAGGACAAGCCUCGUGCAGUGAACGUUGAAACGCGAGUGUCUAGUGGUUCAAAGCGUCGACAGGGUGCUUCCGUAGCAAAGUAGACGGACGAGUGAAGUGAGGACUCGUUACCUGCCUUAGAUGAAUAUUUGACGGUGUCUGGCGCGAAGGGGAGAAAUGUGUGGACAAUGAAGGUCUUCUGAGGAUUUGCAUCGAUGUGCGCGGCGAGGCUCCGACAAUGUGCGGUUCCGUGUUAAAGUGUUCGUGAAUAAUCCUAGUUUUCGUGUAUUCAUAUGAUUCUUUCGGCUGCUGGUAUCGCAUUCUGCCCCGAAACGGAGUACGCAAGAACGAUGUCAUAGUGAGGUGCGAGUUGAGCUUACGUCGAGCACAAUGGCACUGUUGUUCGCCAUCAUUGUCAUCCUGGUCACCACUGCCAUGUCGCUGCCACCGGUCAUCAGAAUCGGUGCGAUUUUUACGGAAGAUCAAAAGGACAGCCCUUCGGAGCUGGCGUUCAAAUAUGCCAUCUACAAGAUCAACAAGGACAAAACUCUGUUAGCGAACACGACGUUGGUCUACGACAUUCAAUACGUUCCUAAGGACGAUUCUUUCCGAACGUCGAAGAAAGCGUGCAAGCAACUGUCCAGAUCGGUGCAGGGGAUCUUCGGACCGUCUGAUCCUCUCCUCGGUGCCCACAUCCAGAGUAUCUGUGAAGCUCUCGAUGUCCCGCAUCUGGAGGCAAGAGUGGACUUCGAGCCAACGUUCAAGGAGUUUAGUAUAAAUCUCUAUCCGUCGCAGGACCAUUUGAACAAAGCCUUCAAAGAUCUCAUGUCCUUUCUAAACUGGACCAGGGUGGCCAUAAUUUACGAAGAAGAUUACGGUCUGUUUAAGCUACAAGAUCUCGUGAAAUCACCGCCUUCGGCGAGGACCGAAAUGUACAUUCGCCAGGCAGGACCUGGUUCUUAUAGACAGGUUCUUCGAGAAGUCAGACAUAAGGAGAUCUACAAGUUGAUCGUCGAUACGGAUCCUGCGCACAUGCAACAAUUUUUUCGAGCGAUUCUCCAACUGCAAAUGAACGAUUACAGAUACCACUACAUGUUCACCACGUUCGACAUAGAGACGUUCGAUUUGGAGGAUUUCAAGUACAACAGUGUUAACAUGACUGCGUUUCGUCUGGUGGACCUGGAGGAACCGAAGGUUGCCGAAGUUUUGCGGCAGAUGGAACGCUUCCAACCGAUUGGCCACGCGAUCCUCAACAAAACCGGAGUUAUACAGGCAGAACCAGCUUUAGUGUACGACAGCGUGCAGGUUUUCGCGCACGGUUUGGCAGCGUUGGAUCGCAGCCACGACCUCAGGCCUGCCAAUUUAUCGUGCGAGAAAGAGGAGCCUUGGGACGACGGUCUGUCCCUUUACAACUACAUUAACGCCGCAGGUUUACACGGCCUAACCGGACAUAUCGAGUUCAACGAAGGGAAGCGUAAUAACUUCAAACUCGACCUGCUGAAGCUGAAGAAGGAGGAGCUGGUGAAGGUGGGCGAAUGGAAGCCCGGAUCGGGCGUUAACGUGACCGACGUUGGUGCUUUUUACGAGACCAGCGCCACUAAUAUCACCCUGGUCGUUAUGACGAGAGAGGAGAAACCGUACGUCAUGGUAAAGGAAGACAAGAAUCUAACGGGAAACGCAAGGUUCGAGGGGUUCUGCAUCGAUUUGCUGAAGUGGAUCGCAGGUCAGGUCGGGUUCCAAUAUGCCAUACGACUGGUCCCCGAUCAUAUGUAUGGCGUUUACGACCCGAAAACCAAGGAAUGGAACGGCAUCGUUAGGGAACUUAUGGAAAAGAGAGCGGACCUGGCUGUUGCGUCUAUGACGAUCAAUUACGCUCGGGAGAGCGUGAUAGAUUUCACCAAGCCGUUCAUGAAUCUCGGUAUCGGAAUUCUGUUUAAGGUGCCCUCCAGCCAGCCAACGCGGUUGUUCUCCUUCAUGAACCCGCUGGCCGUGGAGAUCUGGCUGUACGUGCUGGCCGCGUACAUGCUGGUGAGCUUCACCCUCUUCGUUAUGGCUCGAUUCAGCCCGUACGAGUGGAACAAUCCACACCCGUGUCUGGCAGAGAGCGACAUCGUCGAGAACCAGUUUAGCGUCAGCAACAGCUUCUGGUUUAUCACUGGCACGUUCCUCAGACAGGGCAGCGGGCUCAACCCCAAGGUUUCCGGGCGAAUGCCGUCGAGGCUGUUCUCGUUCAUGAAUCCCCUCGCCGUGGAGAUUUGGUUAUCCAUGCUGGGCGCUUACGUGAUGGUGUCCCUAACGAUUUGGAUAGUGGCGAGAUUCUCGCCUUACGAAUGGAUUGAACCGACACCCUGCCCAAGCUGCAAAUGUCCGCUACAGGGUAGUCACGUGAGCGCGUUGGAUCCUGACAGCGACGACAUUCCUCUACUGAGAACGGUCAACGAGUUCACCCUGGCCAACAGCUUCUGGUUUACAGUCGGCACGCUUAUGCAACAGGGCAGCGAUCUCAACCCCAAGGCAACCAGCACGAGAAUUGUUGGCGGAAUCUGGUGGUUCUUCACGUUAAUCAUCAUCUCCUCUUACACGGCGAACUUGGCUGCCUUCCUCACUGUCGAGAGGAUGAUCACGCCGAUCGAGAACGCGGCAGAUCUCGCGGAACAAACGCAGAUUUCCUAUGGAACUUUAGAGGGUGGAAGUACGAUGACUUUCUUCAGAGACUCGAAGAUUGGAAUAUACAAAAAGAUGUGGGAGUUCAUGGAAACGAAAUCGCCAUCGGUAUUCGUGAAAAGCUACGAGGACGGAGUGAAAAGAGUGCUCGAGGGUGACUACGCUUUCCUGAUGGAAUCCACCAUGCUCGAUUACGCUGUGCAACGAGAUUGCAACCUCACGCAAAUCGGCGGCCUGUUGGACAGCAAAGGUUACGGGAUUGCCACUCCGAAAGGCUCGCCCUGGAGGGAUAAGAUAUCACUGGCGAUUCUCGAGCUGCAGGAGAAGGGCGUGAUCCAGAUUCUAUAUGAUAAAUGGUGGAAAAAUACCGGAGAUGUGUGCAACCGGGACGAGAAGAGCAAGGAGAGCAAAGCGAACGCGCUGGGAGUCGAAAAUAUCGGUGGUGUCUUUGUCGUGCUGGUUUGCGGGUUGGCCCUGGCUAUCCUCGUCGCAGUCCUCGAGUUCUGCUGGAACUCCAAGAAGAACGCCCAAUCGGACAGGUCCCUGUGCGCCGAGAUGGCCUCGGAAUUGCGGUUCGCCGUGCGGUGCGGCUCGCGGCAGAGGCCAGCCGCGAAGGCGCGCAAUUCCGACGCCGCGGUGCCGUGCGACCGUUGCAGCCCGCGUGCCACCAGGAGGAGAACGCGAUAUUGUUCAACCGGCCACGAAGAAACUACCUACAUUCCGAGCAUCGAGAUACCACGGUUAAAUGCAGGAGGGUGGUGCGUUGUCGAUGACGGAGAUGAAGAAAUCAUUGAGCUUCGAUCAAGUGGGAGCGGCCCGUGGCGGGAACACCUAGCACAGGCCUCAUCCUCAUCUUCAUCCUCAGCAGCAGCAACAGCAACAACAGCAACCACCACCGUGCAAAGCCACGCCCACGCACACACGUCACACACACUGCCACUCACAUUCACACAGCCACAGUCACAGUCAUACGCACAAGCACCAACCACCCCCACCGAGGCAGAGACGGGGCUCUUCAAGCAUCGUCUUGGGUCAAGGAGGUGACCAUCCUGAGAGUAUUCUCUGGAGAUUCGACUGCGACCUGGCGGGUGAACCAGACGUGGUAAUAUCGCCGCCACCGCCACCGCCUCCGCCCUCGGCGGCUGUAUCAAGGACCACGACCCUUUGACCAAUACUCGAG